AAAAAUUGUAGAAACUGGAUAUUCGCAUAUUUUUGUGGAAUAGUCAUUCUUAUGAAUAUUUACCUAAUCCGGGAUGUAAACUAAAUGCGCCUGAUUUCUACACAAUUACGACACUCAUUUUUUUGGAGGGGAUUAAUAUGUCCAAGAUAAACAAGAUGAAUCGUUUUAUUGUAUUUAUUUUGCCAAUCAAGUUUUAUAUGAAUAAAAUUUGCGAAUCUGCGUCAUUCCCUAAUCAAUAAAUGGACAUCCGCAAUUGAUCAGUGAUUGUCAUCCCAUUAAACAUAAAUUAAUUGCAAUUGUGCAUUAUUUUUGCCAUCGAGUAUUACAAUACUUGAAAUCAACUUAUCCGUUUGAAAAUAAAUAAAAAGUUAUAACAUUUUUAACUAAAAUGCGUGCUACAUUUUUAUAUCCAAUUCUUGGCAUGUUUGUUCUACUUGUUGUACCGAGUUGCAGAGCACAAACUUGUGGGAUGACGGAUCGAGACGGGGUCAUCAUUCCUCCGAACGAGUUCGUCUUUCCCUACCCAAUUCCGGACAACUGGAGUCCCGUCAACGAAUUUUGGGAGACGCGGACAAUUAACGUGAACCGGACCACUGUACUUCCCGACGGUCAGGUCAAGUACAUCUCCGCUUUCAGGUACACACAUCGCUACACGAUGAAAACGACGGCGGAGUUCGCUAACUUUCUGGAGAGUGAGGACGAUCCCGAAAACGGCGUCAUCACCAGACGAUCCAAUUUCGAAUGUAUUGAUGGAUCCGUGAUAACCUACACGUUUCGCAUGCAGGUCGAAAUUUCGGACAAGGAAAGGCCAGUUUUUCAGAAUUCUUCCUACAACUUUUCCAUCGGGGCGGACUGGCCGUCCACGGUGUCCAUGAACCAGGGGCGACUGGUCAUCGUGGGGGAUCGCGAUCUGGACGUGGAGAACGCGCGCUUGACAUUCUCCGUCCUUCCGGCCGGCGUGGUGGAGCCGGUGGGGGUGCAACUCUGGCCGGACGACAACCCGCCCACCGACGGCCACUUCAACUACAGGGUCGAGCUCUACUACAGGCCCCAGGACGGGAAGGAAUUGGAGGCAGGAAAACGCUACGAAUUCAGCCUCGUCGCUAGUUCGAGACGAUUAGCGGGCGAGACGAAAAUUGGGGUGGAGGUUGUGUAGUUAAAAUUAGUUAAUUAUUUUGAUAAUAAAUAAAAUUCAUGAAUUUCAUACUAUAAACUUAA